CACUUAAUUACAAUAACAUUUUAUUACGAUCGGCAACACAGUUUGAGAUAUUCAGAAAGAUUCCACGGCGGUGCAAGUGCAAUCGUCGGAGGCCACCCCAUAAACACCGAAUCAGCUUUGUUGCAGAUUGAUUUUCCCUUUCCUCUUUUAAUUUUUCUACCCUUUCCAAAUUUAUUGGCAACCAAACAGGUGUCACAGCUUCAUUUCCAUUUGGUGGAUUUUGCCGCGCCUCCAACCAUGGAAGCCACUGACAACUCAUCAGAAUCCACCAUUUCAAAUGGUUCUGAAAGACUACCUGGUAUGGUUAACUGGGGCACAGCAACUGUUAUUGCGGUAUUUGCAGGCAUGUUAUAUGGUGGUAGCAAGGAGGCAACUUCUUCUGUUAGCAAGGAUGCAGAAGUGAUGUUAAAACUUGGGAGCACAGAAGACAAACGAGAGCAAUAUCGAUUGAUGAGAGAUGCGAUGGAGAACCGGUUCAUUCGAGUUACACGAGGCGCACUAGUUGGAGGCGUACGACUUGGAAUGUUCACUGCUGCAUUUUAUAACAUACAAAAUCUACUUGCGGAGAAGCGAGGUGUUCAUGAUGUUUUAAAUGUUGUGGGAGCUGGAUCAGCCACUGCUUCAGCUUUUGGUUUAAUAUUGCCAGGAUCGUUCCGUUGGCGAGCUAGGAAUAUGGCACUAGGAUCGGUGCUGGGAGCAGCAUUUUGUUUUCCUCUUGGUUGGAUCCAUUUGAAGCUGGUAGAAAUAGCUAAUGAGGGGAAUCCGGCUGCACAUCCAAAUUCAGAUCAGAGAGAAGUAAAGAGUGGUGUUAGUGCUGCAAUUAAGAGGCUUGAAGGGAAUUUAAGUAAAUGAAAAAAGCUGUUGUUAGGUGUGAUACUUAUACCCUUCACACACCCCUUGUCAUUUUUAUUUUCUCAUAGAAGUGGUGUAAUAUUGUGUUGGACAACGUGGAAAGCACUUCAAAUGCUACUCAUCCUGUUCAUCCGAAAAUUAGUGCUAAUUCAGUAAUUUACUAGACCGUGUUUACUUCAGGUUUUUGCAGAUGAGAUUAUUAGGCCAUCUGUUAUAAUGCUAUCGUGCUUAUAGUCUUGGUCUUACAAGCAGUAUGCAUAUUUUUGGAGUGCUUCUGUUUUUGGAUUUCACAUAUUCUUGUGGCUCACAGUCAAAAAGAGAUGGAAAAAUCUAUUACUCCAGGCAUUAUGAGAAAGACAAUCAAUGCAAAAGCAGAUUGAGCAAUACACUUAGGGUGUUUGAAAGAACUUAAUUUUGUUUAUCUUAUAACUUUAUAAUAAUUUAAAGGCGUGUGUAAUAA